GCGACACCGGAAGUCCCUCCCAUGACGCCCGUUGGUCCCAGGUGAGCUUUGGAGGUGGUGUCAUGUCUGUCCAGGAGCUGCAGGAACAUUUCCGAACCAACUGCAAGACUAGGGAGUUCCCAGCACACAGUGCCAAGGUUCACUCGGUGGCAUGGAGCUGUGAUGGCCGGCGCCUGGCAUCGGGCUCCUUCGAUAAGACAGCCAGCGUGUUCGUGCUGGACAAAGACCGGCUGGUGAAGGAGAAUAAUUACCGUGGGCACACAGACAGUGUGGACCAACUCUGCUGGCAUCCUAGCAACCCGGAUCUCUUUGUCACGGCAUCAGGAGAUAAAACUAUACGCAUAUGGGAUGUUAGAGGGGCAAAAUGUGUAUCCACUGUUAACACUAAGGGAGAAAAUAUUAACAUCUGCUGGAGUCCAGAUGGCCAGACAAUUGCUGUGGGAAACAAGGACGAUAUAAUCACCUUCAUUGAUGCAAAAACUCAUCGUUCCAGAGCCGAAGAGCAAUUUAAAUUUGAAGUGAAUGAAAUUUCGUGGAACAAUGAUACCGACCUGUUCUUUCUGACAAAUGGGAAUGGCUGCAUUAAUAUUCUAAGUUACCCAGAACUCAAACCAGUGCAAUCCAUCAACGCUCACCCCUCUAACUGCAUCUGCAUCAAAUUCGAUCCUACUGGGAAAUACUUUGCUACUGGCAGUGCAGAUGCACUUGUGAGUCUCUGGGAUGUAGACGAACUGGUGUGUGUCCGUUGUUUCUCCAGGUUGGAUUGGCCUGUUAGGACCUUGAGCUUCAGCUUUGAUGGCCAGCUGCUUGCAUCCGCUUCAGAGGAUCAUUUCAUUGACAUUGCACAAGUGGAAACUGGUGAGAAGCUUUGUGAAGUCCAGUGUGAGUCUCCGACCUUCACAGUGGCAUGGCACCCCAAGAGAUACCUUCUUGCCUUUGCCUGUGACGAUAAAGAUGGAAAAUACGAAAACAGUCGGGAAGCUGGCACUGUGAAACUCUUUGGUUUGCCCAAUGACUCUUAAAGGAAGGUGUUCAUUCGUAGUUUGUGACAUUUAACGACGAUGUGGAACUGUAUACUAUUUAAAGAGCAUCGAUGAAGGCUAUUGGCAUCGCAUUGACACCUAAAUUUUAGGUGACUCCUUUAUCGAGAUUGUCCAGGAAAUGCCUUCUUUAUUACUCAGUUAAUAGCACCAAGUGACAAAAUAUUAUUUGUCAUUCAGGCUUAAUUUGGAAGUUAAGUUUUUUGCAAUGACUGUAAGCUAUUUUUUAAUAAUAACACCUAAUAAAAUGUUUGCUUUUUUUAUUUUUUUGCUUUUUCAUUAUACCUGCAAAUCUGAACAUUUGCGAUUUAGCCUAGCUAAAUCGUUUUGAAAAUGGAAUUUGUAGGAAAAGAUUGUAGGAAUUUGAAGGGACUCCACCUUUGCCAUAUUUUUAAGCAUGAGUCUAAUCCUGAUAAAUAUCACUCCCUACACCUUUUGCAUUGUUUAUCAGGUAUUUCAUAGUAAUAUGAUGAACAGGAGACAUGUGCAUUCUCAGUACAUAAUUUUAUUGUUCCUUCUGUGCUCUGUAUGAGUUAGCGUUAUUACGUGUACUUGUAACAUGUCUUUGGGCAUUAAUCCAUUGAUUUUAAUAUCAUUAAAUAGUUUAGUGAGGAAGCGU